UUGGUGAAUAAAAAAUAAUUGUAUAUAAAUGUUGAUUAGGGUACUUGUUGCUAAGAAGUGGAAUUAUUUCCUUCAACAAAAAAAAACUAAAUCAAUAUAUUUAUUCAGUGAUAUAUGAAUGCAACAAAUAACCAUGAAUCAUGCCAAGACCUUGACAAGAAUUAUUUGAUUGCUCUCUGAAUUGGGUUAACGAGAGAAUUCCUGUGCUGGUGAACGUGAGUGAAAGGCGAUCAGCUGUUUAUAAGUAUGACAAUUAGUUUCUUAAGGAUAUAACUUUCAAAGAAUAUAUGUACGCAUUCUUAAAGGAAAUCGGAAUGAAAUACAAAAUUUUUAAAAAGAGUACAAUGAACUCUCAUACAAGUGCAUAAAACAAAAAAUAAAAACUGAUACAGUAAAUAACUCGGAAUUUAUAGUUUCCGAGUUGUUAGCAUAAAAAGCUUUAUGUUUAUGCUUUUUACUGAUACUGUGCUAAAAAUAAGUUAUCAAGUUAAAACAUGGGGGAACAACUUUAUUUAUGCAAUGUCUGUACAAUCUUGCAUGCUUCAAAACAUAUAAACUUGUUUUCUUCAAAAUUGUAUUAUUUCAUUAAAUGAGCGAUAUUGAUAACGCAUAUUGGUCACUGAACUGAGAAUUGUCAGCAAUAUUAAUUGUCUGAGAUAACCAUGAAAAUGUAUUUAGUAAACAGUUUAAAAAUAAGUUGUACGAAUUCGCAUGUUUGAAUUUCGCGCGCAAAUACGACCUAACGCAACACUAUCCGAACGUUUGGGGUACGUUAGGUCUGCUCCUGGUAGUCGGACAACAUGAAGACGCAGGAGGUGCACUGUGCGACGGAGAGAAAAUAUUUGGUACAAGAAAAGGACAACAGAUGUGCUACACAGCUAUGCUGCAAGCUAGUAAUGCAUCUUCGCAUGAAAAUGGAGUCUUGCUAAUUAAAUCAACACCGACGUAAAAAUAGUCGAUAAUCUACGAACAACUUGUGUAUUACGAUUGCUUCUCCAAAUUUGUAAUCGACGAAUUCGGUUUUCGUUUGCUGUAUUUCGCGGGUAAAUAGUCUGCGUAAUGCCACCUAGUGGAUGGUGUUUUCGAUAGAUUGUAGUAGCUAAAGAACAUGAAAAUGGAAGAGGUGUUUGUAAAACUGUGCUACAAGAAUGGAUACCAAAAUGACGUGACCAUAAAUAAAUUGUAAUAGGCAAAUAUAUAAUUUGUAUUUUGCGAAUAAUUUGCGCGAUAUUACACUGCUUCUUAAAAUGUUAUAACAACGUAUUGUACAUCAUUUUUACAAUAUUCUGACGCCAUUAAAGACGUUGCUAUCGUCACAUGCACGUGGAAAUUUGAAUAAGUUAUUCAUUUAUGGUCAAUAAUUUAUAACAAAGUGACGUAAGAAAGUAGUUUCAAUAUCGGAAAGCUUGAAUGAUUUAUAAGACAGAUAAUUAUUGAGAACAGUUGACAUUCGAUGACGUCAUUGCUUCAAAAACUUACUAAUUCAAGCGGAACAUAUGUGAAGUUUAUAUGCGAAAAUUUCUAAGAUUGCAUAUUUUAAAAAGCAAUAGACAAAUUGCAUAAAUUAAUUUUAGAAAGCAUUAGAUAAAUUGUUUAUAAAUUAUUCAUAAGAAACGAACUAAAUUGUUCAGUUGAUAAUCCAUUUAAUUUUGGCGCCAUUUUUGGUGGGCGGUAUGUACACCUGAUCAUCUACAUCUAGGCGCACAAAUCAAACACCUCUUCCUCUUUCAUAUUCCCUAGCUACUGAAAUCAGUCAAAAACACCAUCCACUAGGUGGCAUUGCAUAAAUUUUUAAUUUGCCAGUGAAAUACAUCGAAGAGGAUCAAAUUUUGUGCAGUUAAUCGAUGUGGAUUUGCAUCUAUCCUGUGUAUCUAAAUAGUAAGAGAACUUUAGCAGGAGGUCGCAAACUUGCGAAAGAUAAGUGUGUCGAAAAUCCCACACAUCAAGAGAUUCGUGAUGUUUUGGUAGCAGCUGGUUUUAAUGUUGGAGUAGAGAAUAAGCUGCAUCCAAGAGAGCGCAGUAAAGAAUUGCUGUAUCGUGGUCGGAUUCGUGUUCAAUUAAAAAAUGAUGAUGGUACUCCUGUGAAACCUGAAUUUCCUUCAAGAGAUUCUGUACUGGCUUAUAUAGGUACCACGAUUCCAAAAUUAAAAACACGACAGGGAAAGCAGACUACUGGCGAACAGUCUGCACAGGCAUCGAGUUCAUCGUCCAAGAAAGGAAAAGGAAAGGGAAGGAGAUGAUAAUAUGAAAUGGGCAUAACAAUGCUUACAAAUAAUUUCCAUUUUUCAUUUAUAUGUGUCUUAAUAUCGGAAUGAAAAUUGUUCCACUGUACAAAAAGAUAUUGUAUUAUGUCUUGUAUAAAAUUUCUAACUAGCACUGAAGAUUGUA